ACGUCACGAAUGGGAAAAUUCAAAACGAUAAAUCUCUCUCCCUUUAUAUCCAUUCCUCUCUCAACAAACACCUCUCUCGCCGACGCGGAACCGGUUUCUCGUAGCGUUUCGGCCGCGCCGCUUCGUCCGUACGGAAGCAACGGUGGGCUGUAUAAAAAAGUAUAAACCGGUUCUCCUCUGCAAGACCGUUCAAACCAGCAGAUUCGUCGCUUUCGUUUCACUGUUAGCCUCUCCCUCUUCUCUCAUUUUGGAGUUCCGCCUCUGUUUGUUUCGCGAAUUUGUUUUGCAGGAACAAAUUGCCAAUACAUCGGAAAUAUCUUUCCCACAUUGCUAGGGUUCAUCCUAGUUACACCUUUUGGAGAGAUUGGGGUAGAGGGAAAAAGCCGUUUUCUUUGCAUUGUUAGCGAGAAGAAAUUAUGGGUUCAUUUCUUACGAGGGGACUUGUUAUGGUAUUUGGAUAUGCUUAUCCCGCCUACGAGUGCUUUAAAACUGUGGAGAAGAAUAAGCCAGAAAUUGAGCAUCUUCGGUUUUGGUGCCAAUACUGGAUUUUAGUUGCAGUUCUAACCGUCUUUGAGAGAGUGGGGGACACCUUUAUUUCAUGGCUGCCGAUGUACGGUGAAGCUAAAUUGGCAUUCUACAUAUACCUGUGGUACCCUAAAACAAAGGGCACAACGUAUGUUUAUGGUUCCUUCUUCCGUCCAUACAUUGCAAAGCAUGAGAUUGAAAUUGAUCGUCAUUUGUUAGAAUUAAGGGCAAGAGCUGGGGACAUGGCACUUAUGUAUUGGCAAAUGGCUGCAACCUAUGGUCAGGCAAGGGUUUUUGAGAUUCUGCAAUUUAUUGCAUCCCAGUCAAUCGCAAGACCUCGCCCUGCUCAGCAGCAACAACAGGGUGGUGGGGAAGCUCUUAAAUAUCCAACUCCCCAAUCAGCUGUGAAUGCAGAGCAGCAGCAGCAGCAAGUGCAAAAGCCACCAUCACGCGCUUCCAGUUUAGCUUCAACAACAGAGAAGCAGCAACAUGUUCCAGCAUCACGCACUUCCAGUUUAGCUUCAACCGAGAAGCAGCAACAUGUUCCAGCAUCAGAAGCAGCCCCUGCAGCUGUACGUCCACAGAGAACAACCGGUGGUCAGCCUAGUGCUGAAGCUGCCAGCCAAUCAACGCGGGGUGAAGCAGAAGCAAUGCAGAUUGAACCAGUUCCAUUUUCAGGUAAUGGAAAUGUGAACUCCCAGCCAGAAGAGAGUGUCAUGGAGGAAGCAAUCCGGGUAACACGAGGAAGAUUGAGGAAAACCAGAACUGCUGCAAACCAGGAAUAAAGCAGCCUUUGCAACUCUGAUGUACAUUUAAUCUUUGUCCUUUUGUUCAAUUUAUUGGUUUAUAAUCAUAUCAGCUUUUGAACGUGGUUGAGGGUAAGUUUGUAUCAAUAUGGUAUUUGCCGAUACAUAUCACUUUUGAUAGUUACCACUUACCAACCAGCACACAAACAGUGAUGAUUUUGCUCAAUA